AUGAUUUUAACUAGAUUUGCACUCGUUGCUUCAUCAUUUUGCUAUUAUGUCUAUGCAAACAUGGCUCCUAACUACCCAGAGCCUGGAACUAUUUGGAAGUCUGGCCAAUCAUAUGAGAUAACUUGGUUUGACGAUAAACAAAACCCACCAAUGGAGAAGACCUGGACCAAAUUCAAAAUUGACUUUAUGACUGGAGACAACAACAGCCAGAAGUUUUUGAAGAAUGUUGCUCGUAAUUUGGAUGCUAGAACCGUCAAAUCAUUCAACUGGACUGCACCAGAAGUUGAGCCUCACGCAGCUGUUUAUUUCCUCAUGUUUACGAAUGAAAAGGGAGAGAAUGCCUGGACCACACGAUUUGGUAUUACUGGCCCUGAUGGAAAGUUGGUUAAACCAGAAUAUGCUGUUCAACCAGAUGGUGCUAAAAUUCCUUGGGGCGUUGGUAAACUGGUCGGUGAACAUGCUGCAAAUACAGUCAAUAAAGCCACUGCUUCAUACUCUAUGAACUCGGCUAUGGUAUCAGCUGCUGAGAAUAAUGCUGCUGUAGUUAUUGCUGUAUCUACACCAUCAGAUACGAGCAAUUCAAAUAUCAUAAUGCCUAGUAUUGCUUUUGCGAGUACGUUCUUGGCUGCUACCCUAUACUCAUUAAUCUAA